AUGGUUGAUCAACUUCUCAAUUCAUCUUUGGAGCAAUUCGAAAAAGAAUUCUUGUCCAAUCUCCUCCCGAUCGCAUACGACAAUUGUGAUGUCACUACAGUGAAAUUACUGCUCUCUUUCGGUGCUGAUUGGUACAACGGUAUCGACACAUACCGACGAGUGUGGCUGGAUACCAAGACAAAUAAUCCAGAGAUAAUGAAAUUGUUUUUAGACAAGGAAACCGGCCAAACCUUCUCCAAAACAAGAGGAAAAGAUGCAUUAGAUAUUGCUUGUAGUAUUGGAGCGAUCGACACAGUCAGAUUCCUUCUCAGGAAAGGAGUUUCUGUGUCCUGUGAUGCCAGGACUGAAGAAGGAAACUAUCCUUUGUUUAUUGCCUGCGAAUUUGGACACGAAAGCUUGGUAAAGCUUUUGAUACGUCAUGGCGCAGACGUGAACCAAUUUGAUUCGCGUCUCCGGUACUGCUGCCCUAUAAAUGUGGCAGUCGAGAGGGAAUCUCAGAGGAUUUCACAGAUUCUGCUGGACAAGGGCGCAGACGUUAAUUCCUUCACUCGGAUUGAUCACCACGGAUUGCGGGCAGUCGUGUCACCUCUGAUGCAAGCUUGCAGGAAGCGGAAUCUGCCGAUAGUACAGCUACUCCUCCGUCACGGUGCAGACGUCAAUUUGAAGAACCAUAACAACAAGACCGCUUUACAUAUUUGCACGGAUGAUGGCUCAUCACAGCCAACAUGCCGCAGGGAGUGCUACAGUGGCUAUCACAGUGAUGGCUUCGAUGGUGUCGCCAAGUCAGCCAACCCCGAAAUAGUGAGGAUACUCCUAGAAUAUGGCGCAGACCCACAUAGCGAAGACUCAUUUAACACAACACCAUUGGAAAGAGUAUUAUUGAAAAUUGAGCGAAUGAUGUUGCUCGUGGCUAAACGGAGUGGCAGUAUGGCGAACCCCGAGUUCUUUGUUAUUGCUAGUCUCCUGUUGAAGGCUGGUGGUUACAAAGAGGAAAGACCACAAAAAUCUCGCUCAACACUUCGCAGAAGUAUCAAACAAUUCAUGCUGAUGACGCCCGAUGGACAUCGCCAGGCGUUUCACAACAAAACAGACAGUUUUGUUUCCCUCGUGAAGACUGGAAUACUGUGCGGAAUGAAGCCCGGAGUGAAGGCUAUCCUGGAAAACCGCAAGGACACCCGAGACCGAGAAAAAGCUCAACUUGAAUUGGAAGGCUGGUUGACCGACUGGUGGAAAAACGGACUAACUCUCAAGAACCAAUGUCGCCUCCAGCUCCGACGUAUGGUCAGGUUUCCGCUUACUUCUAAUGUUUGGUCAGAAGACAUCCAGUUACCUCAGCCGCUCAGAAAGUUCAUUGUGUUUGAACAUUUCUAA